UUCGGAGGGUGCAUGGAGGGGGGGUUGGAGGGAGGGAAACAUCUUCCUACUGGUCUCCCUCCUCCCUCCCCUCCAAGACUCUCCAGGGUUUGGAGAGUGAUUGCUGCCCAAAGAGAACCUUUUCUAGCUCCCAGCUGGCAGGCUGAGGCCCUCCGGAGCCCAGGGCAAUCCCAAACAGGAGCCGGUAGGGUUAUCUGUGUCAGGAUCAUUUCCAAGGGAAUAGUUCUGGCCCCUGACUGAUAAAGGCAGGGCAGAGAAGAGGCAGAAGAGGAGAGAGAGAGAGCACAACUCCUAGCCCGGCUGCACGGGCUGCUUUCGAGCUGCCCAAGUUGGAGAAAGGCUCUGUACUUCUGGUGUUCCUGCAGGGAUACCCCCUCACAUUGGCAGCCAGGCUGACAAAGGGCUCCAAGAUCCCUGCGAAAUGACAACUCUUGUUCCUGCAACCCUUUCCUUCCUUCUCCUCUGGACACUGCCAGGGCAUGUCCUCCUCAGGGUGGCCUUGGCAAAAGAGGAAGUCAAAUCUGGGACCAAAGGGUCCCAGCCCAUGUCUCCCUCUGAUUUCCUAGACAAGCUUAUGGGACGAACAUCUGGAUAUGAUGCCAGGAUUCGACCCAAUUUUAAAGGCCCACCCGUGAAUGUGACCUGCAACAUCUUCAUCAACAGUUUCGGCUCCGUCACUGAGACCACCAUGGACUACCGGGUGAAUGUCUUCUUGCGGCAACAGUGGAAUGACCCACGCCUGGCGUACCGAGAGUAUCCUGACGACUCUCUGGACCUCGAUCCUUCCAUGCUAGACUCCAUCUGGAAGCCAGACCUGUUCUUUGCCAACGAGAAAGGGGCCAACUUUCAUGAGGUGACCACGGACAACAAGUUACUGCGCAUCUUCAAGAAUGGGAAUGUGCUCUACAGUAUCAGGUUGACCCUAAUUUUGUCCUGCCCGAUGGACCUCAAGAACUUCCCCAUGGACAUCCAGACCUGCACGAUGCAGUUGGAGAGCUUUGGCUACACCAUGAAUGACCUCGUGUUUGAGUGGCUGGAAGAUGCUCCUGCUGUCCAAGUGGCUGAGGGGCUGACUCUGCCCCAGUUUAUCUUGCGGGAUGAGAAGGAUCUAGGCUAUUGUACCAAGCACUACAACACAGGGAAAUUCACCUGCAUCGAGGUAAAGUUUCACCUGGAACGGCAGAUGGGCUACUAUCUGAUUCAGAUGUACAUCCCCAGCCUACUCAUCGUCAUCCUGUCCUGGGUCUCCUUCUGGAUCAACAUGGAUGCUGCUCCUGCCCGUGUGGGCCUGGGCAUCACCACCGUGCUCACCAUGACCACCCAGAGCUCUGGCUCCCGGGCCUCUUUGCCAAAGGUGUCGUACGUGAAGGCAAUCGACAUCUGGAUGGCUGUGUGCCUGCUCUUUGUGUUCGCUGCCCUACUGGAGUAUGCUGCGGUCAAUUUUGUCUCCCGUCAGCAUAAGGAAUUCAUACGACUUCGAAGAAGGCAGAGGCGCCAACGCAUGGAGGAAGAUAUCAUCCGAGAAAGUCGCUUCUAUUUCCGUGGCUAUGGCUUGGGCCACUGCCUGCAGGCAAGGGAUGGGGGGCCAAUGGAAGGUUCUGGCAUUUAUAGCCCCCAACCUCCAGCCCCUCUUCUAAGGGAGGGAGAAACCAUGAGGAAACUCUACGUGGACCGAGCCAAGAGAAUUGACACGAUCUCCCGGGCUGUCUUCCCUUUCACUUUCCUAAUCUUCAAUAUCUUCUACUGGGUUGUCUAUAAAGUGCUGCGAUCAGAAGAUAUCCACCAGGCACUGUGAACAGCAUGAAGGCUAUAGAGUCCAGCUGCUGGCUUCUUGCCUCCUCCUGGGUGGCUUUCCCCCUCCUUUAGACUCCAUCAGGGGCUUGAACAGUUCCUUCCUGAUCUCCCAACUCAGAACUUCAACUACCAGUCCCAAAGCUACGUGGGCCUAUACUGCAUGGUGCCAAUGGUGGCUGUACUUACAAAGAUGGCUUGUCUACCCUAGUCUAGAUUUUCUCCAUACUCUCCCAUUUCUUUCAUGAGAGUGAGGUUUGGCCAUGUUCCUGGGGCCAGGAUGACCUUCUGCCCUUGCUGGAGCCUCUCUGUUUUCCAAUACUCUAGUGCAGGGGUCCUCAAACUUUUUAAACAGGGCCCCAGUUCACUGUCCCUCAGACCAUUGGAGGGCUGU